AUGCCCAUAGCAGACAUUAAAAAGAUAGAGAAGGAGGUAGGGACAAAGCUGGUGGCUCUCCUGAAAAACAAAGAGGUACUAGGAAAGAUAAAGGACAUCCUAGAGGACUGCAACGAAGAGAAUCAGUGUAGCAACCACAUUUUGACGAUUAAGAUAUAUGAGUGCUUGGAGCUGCUCUUUUUUAAGUGCGGUCUGCUCGGCAAGUUAAAACUAGACCAAAUAGCGAACACUCCAAAAAUAAAAAAGAAACUAAAGUGGAUGAUGGGAGAUGUGUGCGCAUUUCCUCUGCACUCUUUGGCAGUGGACAUAAGAACGUACAUUGACUGCCAUUAUCUGCCAAUUUAUGAAAGCCACAGCUUCAUUGAAGGAGCAAUCAGAACAAUUCCUGCGUACAUCAUGAACUAUGCAAAGACUGCAUGGAUGCUCAGUGCAGCAGAGAGCGCAGACUCUGAUGACAUGCGCACGAAAGUAGUGAAUAUGAUUAAAAUGGGCCUUGCGUUUAGAAAGCUAGAGGAGUACGAUGGGUACAACAUAAAAAGAAGGAUUGCCAAGUUAAAAGAGAGCGCAAAAAGACGCACAGUGCACACAGCAUACAGCAUCCUUGUGCUCGACAACUCUCCGCUCUACAGAAUAUACGCUGAAAUAAAAGACAAAGACGUGUAUCCGUACAUGGACAAGGUGCUGAGAAAAGCAGAGGCACUGAUCAUAGACAAAGGCGAUGUGGACUCGGAUGAGGCACUCAGAGCAAUAAAAAAGAUCAACUGGCUUAGCAUAAUAUGGCCGUUCAUCGAGUCAGUUGAUCUUCUGGAUAACGAUAAAAAGCUCCAUGGCUCAGAGGUCCUGAACUACAUCAACUCGAUAAAGAAAGUAAGAGCGUGCGAUGAAGAGAUGCACUUAGAGGCAAUUCGAAGGCACACACAGGACUGUCUCCACGGGUACGUUAGUAGAAGAUCAAUGGACUUUUCAAACAACUGCAUCUUUGAUGAGAUGUACAACCACUACGACGUAUGCCACAAAGUAAAACUCAUGGCAGAGGAGAGAAGAGACCAAACAAACGAAAUGUGCAGGAAGUACGUGGUAGACUCAAAAAAAACAUACAUUCUCGGAAGAGUAGAACGGGCCGAAAAGAUGCGCCGUGCUCUGAUCAUUGCAUCGGUAUUUUUGGCAGUGCUGUUGGGCAUAUCAGCGAUAGUGGGGAUUCUCAUAGUGACAAAAGUCAUUCCGAUCAAAGAAGGGAGUGUUUCAUACUUUGCACUGUAG